AUGAGAGCAACUAUUCCUUCCAUCCCACUUGCCUUUUUGCAAAGGGACUUUGCUACUCCUCCCAUCAAGCAUGAUAGAUGGGGGAAGCUACCAUUGUCACCUAAACAAAAAGCUACGUUUUCCAAAUGGGUACGACCAGAAGACCUCACCAACAAUCCUACAAUGAUUUACACUGUGUCCAGUUUUAGCAUUAAACAGACAAUAGUAUCAGAUUGUUCCUUUGUGGCGUCAUUGGCUAUCAGUGCAGCUUACGAGAGACGAUUUAAUAAGAAGUUGAUAACCAGCAUAAUUUGCCCUCAGAAUAAGGAUGGUGAACCAGAAUACAAUCCGUGUGGAAAGUAUAUGGUAAAACUUCACCUCAAUGGUGUUCCAAGAAAGGUGAUAAUUGAUGACCAAUUACCUGUUGAUCAUAAGGGAGAAUUGCUGUGUUCUUAUUCCAACAACAAAAGUGAAUUGUGGGUUUCUCUCAUAGAAAAAGCAUACAUGAAAGUCAUGGGAGGAUAUGAUUUUCCAGGAUCCAAUUCAAAUAUUGAUCUUCAUGCACUGACUGGGUGGAUACCAGAAAGGAUUGCUAUGCAUUCAGAUAGCCAAACUUUCAGUAAGGAUAAUUCUUUCAGAAUGCUUUACCAAAGAUUUCACAAAGGGGAUGUCCUUAUCACUGCAUCGACUGGAAUGAUGACUGAAGCUGAAGGAGAAAAGUGGGGUCUGGUUCCCACUCACGCAUAUGCUGUUUUGGAUAUUAGAGAGUUCAAGGGGCUGCGAUUUAUACAAUUGAAAAAUCCUUGGAGUCAUUUACGUUGGAAAGGAAGAUAUAGUGAAAAUGAUGUAAAAAACUGGACUCCAGAGUUGCAAAAAUACUUAAACUUUGAUCCCCGAACAGCUCAGAAAAUAGACAAUGGAAUAUUUUGGAUUUCAUGGGAUGAUCUAUGCCAGUAUUAUGAUGUGAUUUAUUUGAGUUGGAAUCCAAGUCUUUUUAAAGAAUCGACAUGUAUUCACAGUACUUGGGAUGCUAAGCAAGGACCUGUGAAAGAUGCCUAUAGCCUGGCCAACAACCCCCAGUACAAACUGGAGGUCCAGUGUCCACAAGGGGGCGCUGCAGUGUGGAUUUUGCUUAGUAGACACAUAACAGACAAGGAUGAUUUUGCAAACAAUCGGGAAUUUAUCACAAUGGUUGUGUACAAGACUGAUGGGAAAAAAGUUUAUUGCCCAGCUGACCCACCUCCAUAUAUUGAUGGAAUUCGAAUUAACAGCCCUCAUUAUUUGACUAAGAUAAAGCUGACCACACCUGGGACCCAUACCUUUACAUUAGUGGUUUCUCAGUAUGAAAAACAGAACACAAUCCAUUACACAGUUCGGGUAUAUUCAGCAUGCAGUUUUACUUUUUCGAAGAUUCCUUCACCAUACACCUUAUCAAAACGGAUUAAUGGAAAGUGGAGUGGUCAGAGUGCUGGAGGAUGUGGAAAUUUCCAAGAGACACACAAAAAUAACCCCAUCUACCAAUUCCAUAUAGAAAAGACUGGGCCAUUACUUAUUGAGCUAAGAGGACCAAGGCAAUAUAGUGUUGGAUUUGAGGUUGUAACAGUUUCUGUGGUGGGAGAUCCUGGUUCCCAUGGCUUUCAGAGGAAAUCUAGUGGCGACUAUAGGUGUGGGUUUUGCUACCUGGAAUUAGAAAACAUACCUGCUGGGAUCUACAAUAUCAUCCCCAGUACUUUUUUGCCUAAACAAGAGGGACCCUUUUUCCUGGACUUUAAUAGUAUAAUACCCAUCAAGACAACACAACUUCAGUGAUGAAGAAAUUUCAGCAAUUACUGGAUUUUAUACUUACCAAAUAUCAACUCUUCAAAUGAGAACACAGAUCUGUGGAAUACUACACACAACAAUCAGAACUUAAUUAAAUUCUCCAAAACCAUGUCAUAGUGGAAUCUUGUACUCAAGUCAAGGUAUUUGGUGAGAAUUGUAUAUAGUCAGAAGUACCCUGAAUCACCCGGAAGUAAAGUUUGCCUGGUUUUAAGUAUAUAUAGAAUUGGCUUACUUUUAGGGCCCACGUUGUAUAAAAAAGUAGGUAUCAUUAAAUUAUUAGACUUACACUCAGUCUGCAUUUUGAGAUGCCUUUGCUAAGAGGACAAGGGAACUGAGACCAGCUGCGGAAAAUGAGGGGCACAGACUCAUUGAGUGGAAUGGUGAGAGCUGGUAUAAUGUCCUGAAAUGUUACAUUAUUUUUCUUUUUUUCAGAGCAUGUUGUGAGUUAAAUCUGCUUGUGUUGUGAUUCCACUAUACAUCUUGGGCAACUAAUUACCAAAUGAAUCAUGUCCCAUAAUCAGAUUUUAACUCUGCAUUGAUGAUUUUGAAAUAUUUGUUGCCCAAGUGUUACAAAAGAAUAAAGCUUUAAGAAGUACUCAUUAACAUAGCACGAAGAUGCUCAUGCUUAAGAAUGGGUUGUUGCAGUUACCAAUGCAUCUCUCUCAUUGAAUCACGUAAGGAGGACUGAGGUAUGUACACCAGUGCAAUUUUUGUUUUAUCAGGUUGAUUGAAAGUAAUAAUUUCCUGAGACAUUACAGCCAGUUUUUAUAGUCUUUUUAAAAUUGCUCUAUAUAGUUCAGUGCUCUUUAUGAUAACACUGAAAAAAAUACAAUCAAGAAUUUAUUAUAUGAUUAGGUUAUAUAGCAUUCAGAAAAAGUGAAUUGAAUUGCCAAGAAAACAGUAUCGUGUAAGUUCCCAGUUUACAUAAAAAUACAUCAGAAUCAUACUCAAGAUUUUAAAGCUCUGAAAAUUAAUAAGUUGGGAUUGUCUCUACUUUAUAAUUAUUAAAACUUAUUUUGUAUUUCAUACUACCUUUAAUUGAAAUAAAAUGUUUAUACUUA